GCUGUUUGCAAUAAACAAAUUACACAAGAAUUGUUUAAGUAGUUUAAUGAAACUAAUAUUACAAGGGUUUUAUACAAAUUCAACACACAAUGCUACUUUUAAUGACUUUAAUGAAUUUACUGCAGUCUCAAAAUUAUUCAACUCCUUCAUGACGAGCAUCUUCAGCACUUAGUCGAGCACCCUGUUGCUGUCAUGACCUGCUGCAAACGUGAUGCAGAGCCAGACACCAGCUGCUGACAGCGUUCCUGAGGAAUCUGAGCCCAUUGCUCAUGGGCAAUGGCCUCCAGUUCAGUCAUAUUCUUGGGUGUGCGUUUUGAAACCGCCUUCUUCAAAUCCCACCAGAGAUUUCCGAUGUGGCUCAAGUCAGGCGACUGUGACGGCCACUCUAGAAUCUUCCAUUUCUUCUUCUGAAACCGAGCCUUGGUGGACUUUGAGGUAUGCCGGGGAUCAUUGACCUGUUGGAAGGUCCGAUGACGCCCAAGCUUCGGCUUCAUCACAGACGGCAUGACGUUUUUUCCUAAGAUUCCCUGAUGCUUGACUGACUCCAUGGUGCCCUCCACACGCUGCAGGUCUCCAGUGCCAGAGGCAGCAGAGCAGCCCCAGAGCGUCACUGAGCCGCCGCAUGCUUCACUGGAGGCAGGUCGUGUUCUUUUCAGCCUCCGCUUCAUUCUUCUUCCUCCAGACAUACCGCUGAUCCACAGGCCGCAAAAGUUCCACUUUUGUCUCAUCGCUCCACAGAACAGAAUUCCAAAACCUUGGUGGCUUAUUGAUUUGGUUUUCAGCAUAUUGCAGCCGACUUUUCUUGUGCUUCUGGGUCGGUAGCGGUGUGCGUCUUGGAGUCCGGGCUUGGAACCCUUCGGUGUUCAGUGUGCGCCUGACUGUGCAAACUGACACCUCAGUGCCUGCUGCCACCGAGUCUCGCUGCAGGUGUUUUGCAGUCACUCGAGGAGUUUCGACCACUUCCUCCUCAGGAAUCUGGUGGCAGCCGCUGACGGCUUCCUCUUUCUGCCACGUCCAGGUCGUGUAGCCACUGUUCCUUCAACUUUGAACUCGCAGACUAUGCUUCCAACUGUAUCUCGAGGGACAUGCGGUGCUUUUGCUAUCUUUUUGUAUCCUGUUCCUUGUUUGUGCAAGGCAAUGAUCUCUUCUCUGAAGUACUGAAGAUGCUUGUCAUGAAGUGGUUGAAUAAUUUUGAGACUGCAGUAAAUUCAUUAAAGGUUAGGUUCUUCCACUUAUUCAUAGGUUUGUGCGUGUUGCUCAAACCCAGUUGUGUUGUGCGUGUUGUUUGUUCUAUUUCUACUCCUUUCAAACCUAUUGUAGGUCAAAGUGAUUUGCAAGUUAAAUGUUUGUUCCACAUGUUGUAAACUGUUAGUUUGUGUGUUUGUGGCAUUUGGUAAACGAGCCUCCCUUAUGGUGCAGUUUGUGUUAAUAAUAUGGAAACUAGUGCAUCUUGCAGGCCUCCAUGCAUUUGAGAUACCAAAUAAAAACACCUGGCUGAAGGUGAUCUGCUCCAAGCCACUCGGGUGCAAAUGGUUUACUAGCUGAACGCAGCACACACACACACACACACACACACACACACACACACGCACGCAUAGUGGGGAUGGGGGAAGGUUGAACUACAAAUAAGGAAGUGUUCUGCCAGGAUGACCUUUGUCAGUGACACACACACACACACCUGGAUGUAAAAGCAAGUGGACGACAGUGGGAGCAGACAGGUGCGGAGAGAAGACACUUUGCAAAUGUGGGACUGAAAGACGACGUGUGGGCUCGUCCACGAGAGGCUCCUCGAACCUGAUACCAUUUGUGGAUCGUUUAUUCCUAAAGGUGGAAUUACUCUCAUGAUUCACCUGUGAAUGGAGCACUUUGUUUCACCCUCCGUGUCUUCGAGAUCUGCACAAAAAAACUAAACGAUGGAGGGCAAGUGUUCAGAGUCCAAACCGACUUUGUUAUUUAUAACGAGUUUUUGUUGUGACUGUCUACAUUAACAACAAUACACGCCUCUAUCUGUCGGAGGACUUUGAGCCCGUCAGCUGUUUUAGUUCCUGUCUUGCUUUCACUAUUUUGUGAAAGGAGAUGUAAAAAGGAAGGAAGGGGAGAGCGAGAGAGAGAACGACCUAAAGAGGAGGAGAGAGAGAGACGUAUACAGUCCAGACGUCUCGGCGAGUGUCACUUGUUUUCAUAGGAAGCCGAGAAGAAAGGAGUGAGAAGACGACAUGGUUCGGUGGUUCCACCGAGACAUCACAGGCCUGCAGGCCGAGGACCGGCUGAAGACUCGAGGCAUUCAUGGAAGCUUUCUGGCUCGACCCAGCAAGAAAAACGUGGGAGAUUUCUCUCUCUCCGUCAGGGUGGGCGAGCUGGUGACCCACAUCCGGAUCCAGAACACAGGAGACUACUACGACCUGUAUGGCGGGGAGAAGUUUGCCACCCUGUCCGAGCUGGUGGAGUACUACACGGCGGAGAACGGCAUCCUGUACGACCGGGACGGCACCGCCAUCGAGCUCAAGUACCCACUCAACUGCUCCGACCCCACCACCGAGAGGUGGUACCACGGUCACCUGUCUGGGCCGAAUGCAGAGAAGCUGCUGGGAGCUCGAGACGAGUCGGGGACCUUCCUGGUCCGAGAGUCGCUGUCCAAACCCGGAGACUUCGUCCUGUCGGUUCUGACGGAGGAGAAGAGCAAAACUGGAGGAAAGAGGGUCUCCCACAUCAAGAUAAUGUGCCAGGUCGACCGGUACACAGUGGGGUCGGAGCUGUUCGACACGCUGACGGAGCUGGUGGAGCACUACAAACGCAAAGGCAUCGAGGAGAUCUCUGGGAACUGGGUGCAUCUCAAACAGCCUUAUUACUCCACCAGAGUGAAUGCAGCAGACAUCGACAGCCGAGUGAAGCAGCUGGAUCAGACCACACAGCAGCUGGAGGAGGGAGAGAAGAGCAAGGCAGGCUUCUGGGAGGAGUUUGACGCUCUUCAAAAGUUUGAGGCCAAGAUGAAAAAGAGCAGAGAGGAGGGUCAGAGGCCGGAGAAUAAGAGCAAAAACAGAUACAAGAACAUUCUUCCCUUCAAUGACACCCGGGUCAGACUGCAGGACACGGAUCCGGGUGUCGUGGGUUCAGAUUACAUCAACGCCAACUUCGUGAGAAACAACCUGUGGGAGUCCGGCGAUCAGAAGGUUUACAUCGCCACCCAGGGGUGCCUCGCAACAACUGUCAAUGAUUUCUGGCAGAUGGUAUGGCAGGAGAACACGAGGGUGAUCGUCAUGACAACAAGAGAGGUCGAGAAAGGGCGGAAUAAAUGUGUGCCUUACUGGCCCGACCUUCAGACCUCCAAGGACGUGGGUCGGUACGUGGUGACCUGUAAGUCAGAGAAGGAAGCUGCUGAUUACAAAGUCAGAGUUCUGGAGAUCGCUGCUGUCGACAAGCCAGAUAAUCCUCGCACCAUCUGGCACUACCAGUACAUGAGCUGGCCGGACCAUGGCGUCCCUCAGGAGCCGGGGGGUGUCCUGAGCUUCCUCAGUCAGGUGAACUCCAAACAGGCCGACUAUCCUGACGCUGGACCCAUGAUCAUCCACUGCAGUGCUGGAAUCGGUCGAACAGGCACCAUCGUGGUGAUCGACAUGAUCAUUGAGACCAUUGAUACAAUAGGUCUGGACUGUGAUCUUGACAUCCCGAAAUACAUCCAGAUGGUGCGAGAGCAGCGCUCUGGGAUGGUGCAGACGGAAGCCCAGUACAAGUUCAUCUACCUGUCUGUGUCUGAGUACAUACAGACCACCAAGGCCAAAGACUGCGCCUCCAUGGAAACCGAGAUGGAGUAUGGAAAUCUGCAACUUAAACACCAACCAGCGAGCAGGAAGGUCUCAAAGAACAAGGAGGACGUUUACGAGAAUCUGUCAAAAGAAAAAAAAGAUGUGAAGAAGCCAAAGUCUGACAAGAAAAGUGGCUCCGUAAAGAAAAGAUAGAAUAAAGUUGUUUUGUCAAAGUACUUCAUGCUGUUAUAUUUAUGCAGGCCCUCUUUUGUUAAAGAAUUUGUAUUUUAGUGGAGACCAAAUUAAAUGUGUGAGUUAGUGGACAUCCGGUGUGUUUGAAGCAUCUGUUGAGAAUAAAGUGUGUGAACACUU